AUUAAAGAGGAACAGGAGGAAGUGCGCACCAGCCAGGAGGAUGAGCAGCUCGUCCUGAAGGAUGAGACCGACGCCUUCUUGGUGACUGCUUUUGAUGACAGUGACCACAGUGAACCAGAGGCUAACGGUCACCAGCUUCACUCUGACGGCGCUCCCGGCAGCUGUCCGGUGUCAGAGAGUCAGCGCGACGCCGACUCGAGUAAAAAGCCUUUUAAAUGUAAUGUUUGUGGAAAAGCCUUUAAGAAAAACUCUUACGUAAAGGAACACCAGAAAAUCCACUCAGGCGAGAAGCCGUAUACUUGCCAAACAUGUGAGAAGAGUUUCACUCGGAGGGCUCACCUGUUGGGUCACAUGAGAACCCACACGGGCGAGAAGCCGUACUCCUGUGAAACGUGCGGGAAAGGUUUUACUCAGAGCAGUCACCUGCUGAGCCACAUGCGGCUUCACACAGGUGAGAAGCCAUACGCUUGUGAAAUAUGCGGGAAAGGUUUUAUUCAGAGGGGUCACCUAUUGGUCCAUGUGAGAACGCACACCGAUGAGAAGCCGCACACCUGCGAAGAAUGUGGGAAGAGUUUCCGAUUCAGCGGCACUUUGUCGGUGCACAUGAGAACGCACACGGGCGAGAAGCCGUAUUCCUGCAAAGCCUGCGGGAAAAGUUUCCGCCAGAAAAAGAUUCUGUCCGUGCACAUGCGCACUCACACGGGCGAGAAGCCGUAUUCCUGCACAACGUGCGGUAAAGGUUUCGCUCAAAAAAGCGAUCUGACGAUCCACGAGCGAACGCACACGGGCGAGAAGCCGUAUCCCUGCAAAGCCUGUGGGAAGAGCUUCCGCCAAAAAAACAUCUUGUCCGUGCACAUGAGAACGCACACGGGCGAGAAGCCGUACUCAUGCAAGAGCUGCGGGAAAAGUUUCCGUCAGAAAAGCAUCCUGUCCGUGCACAUGAAGACGCACGCCGGCGAGGAACUGUAUCCCUGCGACGCGUGCAGCGCCACUUUUCCGUCUAGUCGCAGCUUGUUGGAGCACCUGGACACUCACACAGGUGAGGAGUCGUAGCCUGGAAAGCUGCAGGUCGGAGCGGGGCGUUGGCGUCUGCCUCCCGCCUCGACUUUUGGCUCCGACGGCAAAGGAGCUCGUCAGCUCGUGUCGUUCACGCAGCCGUUUUCCUUUGCUUCGUCCAUCCAACCCUAACCGUACCGACGCGCUCUGUUCCUGUCAUGUUCUCCUCCACGGUUCCUGACCUGGAUUCUGUCGUGGCUGCAAUCCUCCCAGUUUCAUUUUACCCUUCGUGUGUCAUACUUACGGUAACUUUGUAUCAUUUCAGACUGUAGAGGUGACACUAACAAAGUGUAGGUUGUUGUUAAAGUAACUUGUAUAAAUAAAGUUUCUUCUAAAUUGUGA